AUGCUAGAAAACGGCUAUCAUGGUGAGCAGCAGGAACGACGUCGACCGACUGCUGUGACCGUCAAAGAUUUCAUCAUCUUGGUCAACGUUGUAUGCAACAGAAAUACGAAAUCGCAAGGAUUCUUAGCAGGCGUAUUUAAUAAGCUAGAGGAGAACAAGAUGCUGGUAGAUUUGGUCACAACGAGUGAGGGGAACGUCAGCCUUGCUAUGCAAUCAUCUGAUGGAACGGAAAACCAACAGAGACGACUGAAGGGUGACCUGGAGGAGUUUGGAAAGGUCUCGAUAUCGGAGAACAUGUCUAUUGUCACGGUUGUUGGACAUAAGAUGCGGAACAUGGUUGGAAUCUCAAGUGAAAUUCUCUCAGCUCUAGCUUCGGCGAAGAUCAACAUAUAUCUCGUUAGCCAGGGCGCAAGCGAGAUUAACGUCAGCCUCGUUGUUCGAGCAGAGGAUGCCAUACUUGCCAUGAAUGUCAUUCAUGCAAAGGUCCUGAAGAUUCCAACUCACUGGGAGCAAGAAAACAACUUCAUCAAAGGACCGUGGCUCUACUGA